UAUUUGUCUUUUUUCUUUCCAACUGGUCCAUUCCAAUCACUCUGGCAUUCAUUAAUUGUCUCAUUAUCGUCCGCUGGUCGACAAAUUCUGGAUGAUAACGUGAUUUCAGUGGUGCAUCCUCUGAGGUGGCUACGGAAGAGGGCUCUCCAGUAGAGGCACAUGGACGCGCUCUCGAACAUAGGUAUUUCAGGAAAAACAGAACCUUCUCAUACCUUUAUCAAUAGCUUCUUUGAUGAUGACUUCGCGUUCCUUUUUAAUCUUUUCCAUUUUUUCCUGUCUGCGUCUUCUUCUUUCCUCACGUUCUUGAUCUUCAUCGUCCUUUACUCAAAAGAAAAUUCUAUUCGUACGCUUUUGAAUAUCAAACAUAAGUAGGCGGAUAGAUCAUUCCAACUCGCCCCUCCGCUACUGUAGUCUGCUGCUGAACCAAUUGAUCGCGGUGAUAGAUCGUAUUGACGUUUUUCGUGAUAGGCCCCAUAACCACCACUUCUGUACGGUAUAUAGCCUUUCUUCGUCUCACGUGUCAUCACUCGUAGUUCCUCUUUGUGUGGAUAUACUUCAAUGGGUCUUUGUACGGGUGUAGGGAUCCGUGGGCUGAGUGAUGGUGUUCGAUGUGGCGGCCGCCAGUCGUUGCCACUUCUCUGUGGGGAGGAGAAUCCGGAAUCGUGACCGGCUCCACUCCAUUGCGUUCCAAAGCGUGUCAUCGAAUCUGUGUCAGAAAGACUUACUUCCCAUAAGUGGUAACAGCCGGGCUUUUCAACGUCAAAUUGGUUGUAGCCUCGAUCACCUGUUCUGUUGCGUUCAUACUUAGCGUAUUUGUCGUACGAUUGCAAUGGCGACUCUGCACGCAAUGGCGACACACUACGGCUACGAUCCGGAAUAUGUAGUUUUCGUUUCUGAUGAGCGAGACCGUAUCCAGCACUACGAUGUGGUAGAACUUCACGUGGACUUGGCGGCACGUCAUCAUCCAGUACCACAGCUAUGGGAGUCUUGAAUGUCGCUGCUGGCCUCUUCUCUGGUACUUUUGCUGGCUGUGAAGAUGGAGUCCAUCCGACCAUUCCCAGAGCAUUGAUUGGUUCUUCAGUAAUAUCCCCAAAAGGUACACGAGCGUCAUUCAGACGUUCCAGAUGGUUGAAUGCGGCCGAGAUGUAAGGCAUGCUUUUUCCACUUAAGACCCAUCUUCUAUUUCGAUAAUUUGAUAUUUCCACAUUCUUUUCAGGUUGUUCAAGUGUCGGUAAGACGGGAGCCAGGGCUGCGUGGUGAAGAAUGGCUGCGACCUGA